CACAGCAUUCACAUUUAGAUUGGUUUCGCGCCCGACCAGUUUAAUUUCGUUUAACGGCAUUCGAAAGAAUUUUAAUUCAAUUCAAAAUGACUAAAAUGAACGAAUCCGCUUCCGAGUGGCUAAAUAAAGAAUACUUUGAGACGGUUUUACGCAAGCACAAGAAAGAUGAAGGGCUGACCAUACAAAAAUUUAACACCAGUGCUGGGACAACGAAAGGCGAUAGUUUUAUUAGCGCUAUGACCCGCUUCAAUGUGGAAUUUCUUUUGUCGAACAGCCAGGAGCCCCACUAUGGAUUUUAUAUCGUAAAAAGUAGCUACGAGGGGGAUCCAACUAUCCGAAAGAUCAUGACGGACUUCGAUGUGUAUAACAGAGAAAUUCUAAUGUACAACAAGAUUUUGCCUGAGAUGACAGCUUUGCUGGCGGAAAUCGGUGAUGAUGAUAGGCUCUUUGCCGAAACAAUGCAUGUCGAUUUAGAACGCGGGGCCAUCAUUUUCGAAGAUUUAUCAGCAUCAAACUUUGUGGUUGGGAAUCGCAUAGAACGACUUGAUGAGCCACAAGCAAAACUAGUAUUAAGUAAAUUAGCCAAAUUUCAUGCCACCGGGGCUGUACUAAACGAGCGUAUGCCAAGUAUUUUAACAGAUUUACAAGGUGGUUUUCUCAGAGAUUCGAACCGCGCAUUCGAACCCUUUCACCAGGGCAUGGUGGAGGUGUGCGCUAAGUUCGCUGGUGGUUGUGAAGAAUUGGGACCUUAUUACAAGGAGAAAUUACUGAAACUAAAGCCCAAAGUAAUGGACUAUUCCAUACGUUGUUUUUAUCCAAAAGAUGACCAUUUUCUCACACUCAUACACAGUGACAUGUGGUCAACUAAUAUAAUGUUGAAAUUCAAUACGGAAGGCGCUCAGAAUGGCACCACAGAAGUUGUGGACGCGAGAUUGAUAGACUUCCAAUUCAGCAACUGGUCAUCACCAGCUGUCGACUUACAUUAUCUAAUAAACAGUUCAUUCAUAGAGGAAAUCCGCUCGAGUCGUCAGGAUGAAUUUAUUCAAUAUUACCAUGGAAUAUUAGCAAGUACGCUGAAAAAACUAAACUAUGGUGGACAUAUUCCAUCUCUACAUGAACUGUGUGUUCAGCUGGAAGAUCGACGAUUUUACGCUUUCACAGCCGCCAUCGUCAAUCAACCUCUGCAAACCACAGCAAAUACUGAGGAUGCGGAUCUCAACAGUUUAAUCGAAAUUAACGAACGCUCCAGGAAAUUUUAUGAAAUGCUUUAUAGCGACCCAAAAGUGCAAAAUACAGUGAAAGCGUUGUUACCGUUUUUCGAUCGGAAGGGACUACUUGAUAUAACUGAUUAGAUUAAUAAGUAUAAAAAGAUAUGCUACGCCACUGUAUUACAAAAAAUGAUAUCAAAGCGAUAAAUGUGCUAUUUAGUCUGACUUAUCUAGUCUGUAACUUACACGUACUAAGUUCGAGUGUUUUAAAUUCUGCCGUAUUAACAGAAAUAACUGUAUAUUAAUAAGUUUGCAUGUAAAUACUUGAAAUGCCACUGUUUUUAAAUAUUAUAUAACACAUUAACUUGCAUGUUUUAAAGGAAUGUAAUAAAUUUGAUAAUAUUUUCAAAGGGAAAGUGAUCAAACUUACUUUGAAUUAUAUCCAAAUGUU